AUGCUCUCCCCACAAAGUGCGUCCGGAUCGCGGAACGAUAUGGUCGCGAUGAAACGUCCGAAACGACAGUUGACAAAUGUCUACGAGCGAUCAGCUGUCAAUAAGAGAGCAGCGAACAUUGCGAUGAGGUGA